CAGUAUUGUGCAUGCCGGAGAUAUGAAUGACAGCACGUGUAUAUGUAACUACCGUCACAAGAUGAGGGCCAGUACAAAAUUGAAUUAUGGAGUGACGUGUGCUCGUAAUGAAAUUAGUUAAAGUCUUUGCUAGAUAGACUUAUUCGUGACAAGAGGGGGAACAUAAACAUAUGACGUGGAGUUAUGUAUUUGGGUACGCCGACGAAGUCAAAAAAUCGAAAUGGUGAACGAAGCAGACGUGCAGCUGCAGAAUCAUUUUUUGUUACGAAUAUGUAUUUUUAUGGGCGAGAACUAUGUUUUGUUUUGGCGAUUAUCAUCACUACGUACGCUGCACUACAAAAUGCGCCUCCAAAGAUUUCAAAAAGUCCUCCAGCAGUACCAUUUUUUCCACGUACUUCGCUAGUUGCUGACUUCUUCCAGGGUAACUUAAUGUCAGCUUUUCAACGGAUUGCCGAAUGUGAUGUCUCUUUCAUAAUGUACUAUGCUCCAUGGGAUGCCGAAAGUCAAGUAUUACGUGACCAGUUUAAGGCCAUCACUCAGUUUUACUACCGACAGGUGUACUUUGCUGCAAUCAACUGUUGGCAACCUCGAAGUGAAUGCCGUCAGUAUUUCACAAAAUUGGUACACUUUCCAGUAUUCAUAGCUUACACACAGCAUGCAAAAGGAAUACAAUAUCGAGGGCCAAAACAUGCAGCAAAUAUGGCACGUUUCUUGACAAAUGUUAUUAGACCACUUGUAAGAAUUGAACAGCCAAAUGACUUACAAGAUCUCCUUGCUCGCCAUGAUGCUGUCGUGGUUGGGUACUUUAACUUCUUGGGCUGCUUGGGGGCACCAGGCUAUCAUACCUUUUACAUGACUGCUCUGAAAUACUUGGAACAUGAUUCACAAAGGGAAGUAGCAUUUGCAGUGGUAACAAAUGCUAAUGCAGCAGCUGUAUUGGGUGUUGAAAUUCUUCCUGCAGUCAGUCUUCACCUCUGGAAUGAGACCAAGGAAUAUCCCAGAGAUGCAGAAUUUUCAUCAGAGAUGCUCAUGAAGUGGAUCCUUGAUAAUAUACACCAGGUUUCAGUCUGGUUGUCCCCACCGGGAGUGAAGAGCCUCACUCUGUCACCUUUUGUUGAAGAUGGACCAGUUUUGAUUCUAUUUACACCACGUAAUCCACUUCAACCUCACAACUACUACUAUGAUCUGCUCAGAGAAUUUGGCUUGGAGUAUCACAACUGCAACAACAAUACACAAGUUAAUAUGCUGAUAGAAAUACUAUCUGAACAUCAGCAGGAGUCCAGGCAGAAUCUGAAGAGAUCAGUGGUUGAAUGUGAUUAUUGGUUAAAAGUGAAGCACCAUACAACUUCCUGCAACAGUGAAAAACCAAUAUGUGUUGUUGUGAAAUCUCAGUGGCUCAAUCAUAGUUUACCUUUACAUAUUUCUCACCAUUCUGAAGCUGUGGACUACUGCACUAAAACCUGUUCAAAUGAGCCACUUACCCAUAGCUCUGUUUUUGAAUCAUUUGCAUAUAACACCUGUGCCCAUAGUGAAAGUGGUACUGGAUGUAAUGAAAAUUAUACUCCGAACAGUGCUCAUGUAAGCAGACCAGGCAGUGACAUCCACUCUGCCACAGAGUUGUACGGUUUCUGGAUGUGGGAGCAAUGCCGCCUCCAGCGCUGGGCGAGGAAGUUGCAUCAACCAGUUUUUCCACCUAAAAGUCCUCUGCCAAUCAGUGGAGACUCUCACAUUGGGCUGGCGUGCCGUACCAACCUCAGUCUUUCCCUAAUUGCAAUGGACAGCCUGCAGUACCGUCACUUUGCCGAAGGACUUGGUGUGGGCUCCAGUGUUGAGACAGCUGUUGUGAUCUUUAAUGCAGCUGUAGAAAGUGCAUAUGUAUUGGAAGGAAAACCUAGCAAAGGAAUGAUAGUUGAUUUUGUGCUGAAUUAUACUCAGGGUAGCUUGAAAAGGUCUCUGCGAUCCAGCCCUGAAUUUCACUGUGAUCAUGAUAAUUCUGGUCACGGACAAAAAAUAUGUAUUCCAGAGCUAACUUCACUCACAUUCCAUCAUUUUGUGAUGGAUCCUCAGGAGGAUGUUGUGCUGAUGUACCAUUCACCAUUCUGCGCUUUUUGCCAUAGUGUGGCCUACGUUUUCCUCACAGUUGCUCGUUAUUUUAGAAGUGUCCCAAGAUUGAAGUUUGCUCGUAUUGAUGGUGAAAAUAAUGAUCUCCCUUGGCAAUUCACUGUUCAUCAUUAUCCAAGUGUACUAUUUUUUCCUGCACACAGGAAAUCGGAGAGUCGUGUAUUCCCACGCAAUCUGCCGGUAACUGUGCCUAAUAUGGUAGCUUUUGUGCUAUCAAACACAGAAUAUGGCCCACGACGACUUGUUGCAGUUGCUGGUCUAUGUGCAGGCUGGGGAGGGGGAAGAGAUCCUGCAGGAGCACUUGACUGUGUUGCACGCACUCGUAGGGAAAAUUUAGCAGCUCUUGCAGCCACCCUAGCUGAAAUAAGAGCAACACUAAGGCGAGGAGGCGGAGUCAGUGAGACACGUGCUGGCCGCCGUUUACUCCGCCGUUUGCAACAUUUGCGACAUCUGCAUCUACAGCUGGGAGCAGCCGAUUAUGUGACAGAUGAGCACAUUUCGAUAGCUGAAUCUACUGCUUUUCAGGAUAAACUCUGACAGAAGGCUUAGCCAUCAUCAGAGAAAUGGUCUCGGGUUAUUAAGACAGGCAUUCCAGAGUACAUAUUAAGUGGAUUGCUAUCUUUCCUGCUGACAGUACUAUAGAGAGACUGAAAUAUUAGGAUGUGUUGUUUAUCACUUCUCUGCAUGCAUGUCUCUCGAAACAAGUUAUGGCUGGAGAAAGUUUUAACAAGAAGAGAAUGGAAUGCAUUUUUAAUCUCAAUGAUGUAUACUGUGAUCAUUGGGGGACAAUUUUAGUGUUACUGUCUUGUGAAAGAGCUGUACUUUCAUUAUGUGUGGUCGUCCUGUUGCUGUUUUCACGGUGAUAAACAUUAGUGAGUGACUUUAAAUGAUGAUAUUUUUACAUUUUUUUGAAGAAUGCAUAGAGAAUUUACAAAACUUUUGGAAUUCUAUAGGGGCCAACAUAUCUUAACGUGUUUUAAGAUAGGACACUGGAUUAUAUUGCUACUGGAGAUAUUUUUUUAUGAAGCGGUACUGACGGGUGCUGCAUUAAUAUUUUUCAUAGCGCCAAUGAACUACGAGGGAUAGACUAAAGUGUUGGAGUGCUAUAUAGAUGCAUUGCUCAGUGAUUAUUGUUAUUGUUGUUAUUUUGUUUAUUAAUUUAUGGAAUGAUUUUAACUUAUUUAUCACAAUAAAUAUUGUUAUAAUGUGA